AUGAUCCUUCUGAGCACGCACGAUGAGAAGUUGGAGACUUUGCGACUCAUGACAGCACGUCUUAGGCGCGUAAAUCUUAUCCGCGGUUCUCACCACGGUGGCAAGUCGAGUACCGCUGGCUCUCCAAAACGUGCAUCAGACGACGACGAGUCUGAUGCCGCUACUCCUGCAUCUGACGAGGACGAAAAGGUCAAACCUGCCCGCAAAUGGUGCAAGCCCAAGGCCACUGCUCCAGCUCGAAAAUGCCGCGCCCCAGCCAGGGAAACACCUAAACACGACUCGUCGAAGCGACCAACCUCCCCUGAAAGGGAGGAUCGACCUGCUUCCUAUGUCAGCCCUGUCCACUUUCUCGACACGGGUCGCAAAUUACGCUUCGUCACUUAG